AUGUCUGCUUCUCGCAACGCUGUGUUCCGUGUGGGAGAGAUACUUUUGCAUGAACAUGAACGUACUUUAAUAAAAAGAACAGCUCAAAUAUUAAAUGAAAAGGAUCUUUUGGCAGGUUCUCCUGAUGAAGUACCGAAUAAAUCUAUCAAAAUACCAAAUUACUGUGAGCCAGGACGAGAAAUUGAAGAGCACACCUAUUCAUAUAAAAUGCUAAAGCAAGAUCAACAUGGAGAGAAAAAGGUUAGGUACGAUGGAUUACUAAUAGGAAGACAUUAUUUAUUCAAUGUAUUUACUCUUGAGAGUCGGCAUCCAGUAUAUUUUGUUCUUGUAACUGACCUGAUGAAGACUUUAUCUGUUGAUAGCAUGAUUGAUGAAGACGAAUUUCUACGCGAAAAUAAAGAACUUUUUCCGCAGAUAACAUCAGAUGAUGAAGCAAGUUUCUUGAAAGAAGUUGGGCUUCUAGAAUCUGUUAAUAAUUCUGAAUCUCAAAAGCAUAAAAUAAAGUUUGUAUCUGCAAGGUCGGCGUUUAUUAAAUUUGGUGCCGCCGUUGUAGCUUCUGGGCAGCGAGUUAAUGAUGAUUACUGGGAAAAUGAGGCGAAAAUUCAAGGCUUUAAUUCCCAUCAUAGAGUGUUCAAACUCUCUAAAAAGCAAUUGAAUAUAUUAAAGUUACUAAAUCCUGGAGUAUCGAAAAUAAAGGAAACAAAACAAAAACCUACAAGUCAGGAAGGGCAGAAUUGGUGGUUGCAUUUUGAGCAGCCUUAUUCAACAAUAACAGAGCAUCCGCAAUCUGAUAUAAAGGAGGAUUACGAAAAAUUAAAUGAAAUUGGAGACCAACAACCACCGUUAAUUCCGGGUCAGAAUAUCAGCGGAUCCUUGGAAUUAAGUGCUCAGUUUAAGGUCCCAAGAUAUCAUAGCAAAAAUUCUUUUUUACAGGCAACGCAGUUGAAUGCUUUGGAUAUCCCAAUUGGUGAGCAUGAAAAACUAAGAAAUGAACAAUCUAAUGAAACAUCUGCAUCAGUUUCAGAGAAUGGUCCAAUCAGCAAUAAUUUUCAAAGCCAGAGCCAUUCACAAUCUCCUAUCCCAAGUGCUCCUGUCAAUAAACCACUAAGGAGAAUGUUGAGUAGUAUUUUGGAUAAUAAUGUUAAUUCUAUUAAAGUAAAAAGAUCAGAAGAGCAGGAAGCUUUAAAUUCAACAGCUGAAAUAACCACUUCUAAUUCUUCUUUAAAUAUUGAUGGUUGGAAAUUUGAAUCUCUCCCGCUCAUAGAUAGAACGGGCUCGGGUGAAGUGAAAUUUUCUGGCAGAGGGUUACCAUUUUAUAAUAAAUCCAAAAUACUGAACAGAUUAGCAAUGCUUACUCCAAAUGAAAUUAAAGAACUUGAACAUUUUCAUGACGCUGUUUUUUUCAACACAGGUAUUCAAAAGGUAAGAAAAAUAAGAAAACAGAAAUGGUUAAAGUAUUGGCAAUACAAAAUGGGUAUACCAAUAGGUCUAAAAAGUGGCCAGGUUGAAUCAUUCUUUGAUCGUGGACUACCAGAAAUUAUACAAAGAACAAGUACUAAACAAAUAUUCAAUGAAGCUACAAAUACGGACGAGAUCUAUACCACCAAGAGAAUCGCUAAUGCUAAUUUUCAUGGUAAUUGUAAUAUUAGCGGUCUGUUCCCGCCAUAUGUUUUGCCUCCACCAGGACCUAGUUUAGAGGAACAAUGA